CAAUCAUUAUCCGUUCUGUUCCCCUUUUCGAUUCUCCUGCGCUUUUUUCUCGAACCAACCUCAACCCUGUUCUGUCCGCCUCACUCAUAGAGAGAACUUGAAGCUCUAGCCGACUAGCCCAAUGGCGUUCGCUCACUAUUUGCUCGCCGUUCCAGUUGAGCCCUCAAAGCUCCUCAAGACCUCUCUGCCGACGUCAUCUUCCUCUUCUCCGUCUCUGUUCUCUUUAGCCUUUGCUUCUUCUUCGCUCCGGUCCAACGCUCGUAAGCCCUCUAUCUGCUCCAGGUUCCGUAGAAUCGGACACAAAGCUAAGGCUAAGCAGAAAGAGUCUGAAGUCAGUAUAGCCGAAGAUGCCUUUAAUUUCAAGCAUCUGCUUCUUCCAAUCACAGAUAGGAAUCCUUAUCUAUCUGAGGGAACAAUACAGGCUGUAGCAACUACUGCUGCUUUGGCUAAGAAGUAUGGGGCUGACAUCACAGUUGUUGUUAUUGAUGGAAAGCAGAAAGAAUCAUUGCCGGAGCAUGAGGCCCAACUCACUAGCAUCCGCUGGCAUCUCUCUGAGGGUGGGUUCCAGGAAUUUAAGUUGCUAGAGCGACUGGGGGAAGGUAAUAAGCCAACAGCCAUCAUUGGUGAGGUUGCUGAUGAUCUGAAUUUGGAUUUAGUAGUUAUAAGCAUGGAAGCAAUUCAUUCGAAGCAUGUAGAUGCAAACCUGCUGGCUGAGUUCAUUCCCUGCCCUGUCAUACUUUUGCCUUUGUAAAAUGGAUUGUUUUGAUCCCUUGCAAUUUCUGAACAGUGUGUUACAAUUGCCAAUCUUCUUCGGAUAAUUUUUUUUUUUUGUUUUUUGUAAUAAUUGUUGGACUUGUUUGGCAGCCCUCUCUCUCUGGGAUGUCUGAAUUGAACACAAUUCGGGCAGCCAAGCCAAUUGUAGGGAUCUCACGGGAAUUAUGAUUUCUUGGCAAAUUUGUGGGAAGGUGUGUUUUUUUCCAAA